GAUCCGUGGUUUAAUCUUCACUAUUUAUAUAUUCAAUUUGUCCCCACAAAACUCACACAUCACCAAACAUGUCGGACGUAGAAGAAUUGGCCCACGCCAUUGCAGGAGCCGGUGGGGGUGCGUUGUCCAUGGUUGUCACCUACCCCCUCGUUACCCUUUCCACUCUCGCCCAAACCAGCAAGAAAUCAAAGCAAAAACAUGAAGAAAAUGACCCACAUACCAUCACCGUCAAGCCUUCAGCUAUUGAAGCCGGCCGUCAGAUUAUCGCCGAAAAGGGUGUGCUUGGGUUGUAUGCGGGUUUGGAAUCGGCGCUUUAUGGAAUCACAUUGACCAACUUCAUCUACUACUAUUUCUAUGAGUUAACAAGUAAUGUGUUUUUAAGAGCCAAUGCGUUGACCACGCGGAAAGGCAAAGGGUUAUCGACGUUGCAGUCAAUUGUGACGGGGGCAAUUGCAGGAGCCAUCACCUGUGUGGCCUCCAACCCGUUUUGGGUGGCUAACACCAGAACUAUGACUGCUAAAAAGGAAACUGACAAAGAUGGCAAGAACCGGUCCACGUCCACGUUCGGGACUUUGUUGAGCAUCAUAGAGACUGAUGGGGUUGGGACAUUGUUUGCCGGCGUUUUCCCGGCGUUGGUGUUGGUGGUGAACCCAAUUAUUCAGUAUACUAUAUUUGAGCAGGUCAAGAACUUGGUUGUUUCGAGGAAUGGUAAGAACUCAUUCACGUCUGGUAAGGCCUUCUUUAUUGGGGCAUUCGGGAAGUUGAUUGCUACGUCUUUGACGUAUCCGUACAUCACGUUGAAAGCUAGGAUGCACAUAAAGAAGAAGCAGGUGGGCGGAGAACAGGCCAAGCCGGUGGAAGAUGUCAAGUUGUCGAUGGUGCAAGAAAUUAAGAAGAUUUUGCGCGAAGAAGGAGUUGAAGGUUUGUACGGAGGUUUGAGUGUGAAGUUACUCCAGUCGAUUUCGACGGCUGCAUUCUUGUUUUACUUCAAGGAAGAGUUGUUGACGGGCUCCAUCAAGUUGGUGGAGAUCUUGCGGUUGUUACGUAUGAAAAAGACCAAGAAUUGACCGGGAAGAGGUGUAGAUUCUGGUAUUUAGACAUGUAAGUAGAGUAAAAGAUAUCUUGAU